AUGGACAAGAUAUGGGAAAAGCUCAACAAAGCUGACCCAUGGCCACGCCAAUUUGGGAAUGUGAUCAAAGACAGGCAGUCCCGCCUCAUUAAGAAGCUGAAAGAGAUCAAGGAGAAGAAUGCCCUGGAUAAGCAAUCGUUCGAGGCAGAGAUUGCGCCACUUCUCAGUUCCGCUCUUGGAGGUUUCGCGAGUGGUCUUCCCAACGAUCCUACUUCUUUCGCUGCCCCAAUUGAAGUUCGAUUUCUGGGAGCGGAGGGGCAAAUAUACUGCGAGGCAAUGGUCGAUCUCAUGAAGCAAUCAGGCGCUCUCAUCUUCGCUUACGACGAGCUCGCCGGCCGGCCGGCCCAUACGUCCCGUCUGCAGGACAUCAGGACAUCCUUUGAGAAGGACACGGGGGUCAGCGCGAGCACGAUCGAGGCCGGCAGAAAGGUCACAGGCAUGGAGAUCGAGAAACUCUUGGCCGAUAGUUUGCACGAAGUUAGGGAUCUGCAUGGCCUCACAGCUGAUGAGGAACAAAAGGGCAAAAUGCUCUUGUCACAUGGAAUGGAUCAGCAAGAGGCCGCUUCGAAACACACGUUAGGAUGGGGAAAUGUUGCCCGUGACACAGAGACGGCGAUUGAGAGACUUUGUUUUGCGGGACAUGUUCAGGCGAGCGAUCUUUGA